AUGGAAAAUAGCCCCACUGAGAAUCAAAUCAACACCACUUUAUUCCCUCCAAUUCCCAUUUGGAAUAUUGAUGAGCAGUAUGAAGCAGGUAUCCCCAACUUCAAAAUAGCCCAAGAAAGACUAUCAGAACUAGUUCAUGCCAAUGACAUCCAUGGAAUUGCUGCUGCAUUAGAGACUAAUAUCGAUGCUGGAAUAUCCGGUGAUGUCAGAGAUCUUCACCGGAGACACAGAGCAUUCGGUCCAAACCUAAAUUUUGAAGAUCAAUCUUCUCUUGUGGCCAAAGGCUUCUACCAAAUCUUGUUGGAAGCAUUCAAGAACACCACGGUUAUCCUCCUGUUGUGUUGCGCGAUGCUUUCUCUUGCGAUUGGGAUCAAGAGAAAUGGAUUGCAAGAAGGAUUUCGCGAUGGAGCUAUUAUAUUUCUUGCUAUAUUCAUAGUUGUCAAUGUUGGUUGCAUUUGUAGAUUUUUCAAGGCUAAAAGGAUGAGAAAGCUGGCAAGGGACAGAAAAGUUGAAGUUGUGGUUAUGCGAAAUUCGAAGACUCAACAGAUAUCUGCCUCCGAAAUUGUCGUCGGUGAUAUUCUACGUCUAAAGACCGGUGAUCGUGUUUCUGCUGAUGGGUUGUUGAUCGAUGGUGGCGAUUCAUUCAAUCUUGACGAUGACUUAGUCCAUGAUCAUCACAGUCCUAUGUUCACUGGUGCGAAGGUCAUGGGAGGUCAGUGUCGGGUUCUUGUGACAUCAGUAGGCAAGAACACAGAGAAAAGCAAGUUGAUGAGAUCAAUAAGGAGCUUCCAUCAAGCUCAUGAGGAAUCAAAAUUGCAAAUCUCAAUCGACAAAACGAACUCUCGUUUGGAAAAGGUUUGGUUGAGCCUCUCACUGCUUGUUCUUUUGGUGCAAUUACUGAGGUGUUUUACAGGGAGACCAGGGUGUGAUCAGAAUCACAAUCCUGACCCGAAAGGUGUGAAGAACACGGUGGCGGAGAUAAUGAAUGAGGCCACCAAGCUUAUGAAGAAGAAGGAAGGCGCAAAGGCUAAUGGGUUGGUUGCUAUGCUUUGUAUAUUGUUAUUUUCAAUAAGAGAUGGAUUGCCUCUGGGAAUCUUCAUCUCUUUCAAAUAUGCAACUAAGAAAAUGUUGCCUUAUCAAGCUCUGGUCCGAAAACUUCCAGCGUGUGCUAAAAUUGGGUUGGUCACCACAGUCUGCACGGGCGAAACGAGUGAUCUAACUCUGCAGCAUUCGAAGAUGGCCGAGUUGUGGAUCGGUCUAGAUAGUAUCAAUGAAGUUUUCAUGGGAGAAGUCAUUGAUAUUUUGCGCGAAGGUCUCGGGAUGAACUUGUCUGGUGGUGGUGGCCAGGGAGAGCAUGGUCUUCUUAUUUGGGCGAAGCAAGUGCUUGGUGUGGACAUUGAAGAAUUGAAUCGAAGUCGAACCGUUCUUUGUACUGAAGCUUUUGAUGUGGAGAAGAAUCGAAGCGGGUUAUCAUUGAGGCGGAAUGGAGAGGAGGGCAAAGUUGUGCAUGUACACUGGAAAGGUGGUCCGGAAGUGGUGCUGUCCAUGUGCUCGCAUUAUUAUGAUGCAUUUGGAACAAAGCAAACCCUAGAUGAACAGAAAAGAGCUUUGUUCAACAAAAUAAUCGAAAGAUUUGCUUCUGAUAGUCUCCAGUGCUUUGCUUUCGCUUACAAAAAAGUUGUCAAGGAAGAGAAAGAGAAAGAUUUAGAACUUGAAGACGAAGAAGAAAAAGAAGAUGAAGAAGAAGAGGCCAUUGAAGGUAUAAAAGAACAUGGCUUAACUUUGUUGGGAAUGGUGAGCUUCAAGAACCCAUAUGCACCAGAGGUGAGAAGAGCAGUCAAAGAGUGCCAAGAAUCCGGUGUAGCGAUCAAGCUAGUAGUCGGCGAAAACAUAAACACAGCAAAGUUUAUAGCCAUCAAUUCUGGAAUUCUUAAGCAUGAACAUGAUCAUGAAAAAGAAAUGAAUGGAACAGUAAUUGAAGCUUCCCAAUUUCGGCAUAGCUCUGAGGAAGACCGCAUGAACAUGAUAGAUCAUAUCGUAGUCAUGGCUAACUCAUCUCCAGCUGACAAGCUUUUACUAUUGCAGUGCCUGAAACAGAAAGGUGAAGUAGUAGCUGCCACUGGAAUCUCCACAAGGGACUCUCCAUCGCUAGAAGCUGCUGAUGUAGGCCUUGCAGUGGGUGAUAACGCUGCAGAAUUAGCCAAGGAGUCCUCAGACAUCGUCAUCCUAGAUCGGAGUUUUGUUACAAUCUUUUCAAUCAUCAAGUUUGGAAGGUGUGUUUGCAACAAUCUUCGAAAGUUUGUGCAAUUGCAGCUGACUCUCAACAUUGUUGCCUUCAUUAUAAACUUCAUUGUUGUAGUUUGUAUAAGUGAUGAUGAGCCAAUUGGACCUUUUCAGCUCAUGUGGGUUAACUUGGUUAUGGACAUCCUUGGUGCCUUGGCUCUUGCAGAGCCACUAUUACCAUCUCAGACCCUUCAAAGAGAAGCUGAAGAUCAAGACAUAACCAUGACAGUGUGGAGAAACAUAGUUGUUCAAACUCUUUAUCAAAUCACUGUUCUAUUGGUCCUGUACUUCAAGGGAAAAGCACUUCUGAAUACUAAGUUAAAACCUAUGAUCUUCAACUGUUAUCUACUCUGCCAGGUUUUUGUGUUGAUCAAUGCCAGAGAGAUCAAAAAACCGAAUGUUUUCAAGGGGAUGACGAAGCAUAAGAAUUGCUGGUUUCUUGCUGGUGCCGUCGUUGUUCUGCAGAUUGCUGUGAUGGAGAUUUAUAUGGUGGUUGUGAUUCAUUGGGAGAGAUUGGAUUUGAUACAAUGGUGUAUAUGUUUUGGAAUUGCAGCAUUAUCUUUGCCUCUGGGAUGGAUUGCCAAAAAAACUGGGGUUCUUUUACCGUCCUGA